GCUGUCUCUGCUCCCCUCAGCCUAGGUGCAGAGGACAACAUAGUCGUUCAGGUGUGUGGAUACCACAGUCCAGUAGGAAAGGCUUUAAAAUCCUUAAAAUCGUUUUCUUAAAAACGGCCAAAUGGCUGCAGUGAACCAGGAUGUGGUGGAGAAGUUUUUGGACAGCAAUCCGGCCUUCGCUAAGGAAUACUAUGACAGUCAUUUCAGAGCCCAGGUCAUCUCAAACAUGCUGUCCACCUCUAAGAACACAAACGUGGACACCACCAAUUAUCAUAACCUGAGCUCCACGGAGGAGAGCGAGAUGGUUUUCGACAUGGUGAGGGACCUGCAGGAGAACCUGCAGAUGGAGAAGGCCGUGUUCAACCUCAUGCGCCACCUGUGCUUCGUCAUGCGUGCAGACCGCAUGAGCCUCUUCAUGUACAGGCAGAGGAACGGCACAGCUGAGCUGGCCACUCGCAUCUUUAAUGUCAGCAAGGAUGCCACUCUGGAAGACUGCCUGGUGCCUCCAGACAGUGAAAUUGUUUACCCACUGGACACAGGCAUUGUGGGCCAUGUGGCCAGUGUCAAGAAGAUGGUUAAUGUCCCUGACGUGACCCAGAGCCAACACUUCAGUGACUUUGUGGACACACUGACUGAGUAUCAGACCAAGAGUGUUCUGGGCACUCCUAUCAUGAACGGUAAGGAUGUGGUGGCUGUUCUCAUGGCAGUGAACAAGAUUGAUGGUCCGAGUUUCAACGCGAACGAUGAGGAGGUGCUGCAGAAAUUUCUAAACUUUGCCAACCUGGUUCUCCGAGUGUUUCAUCUCAGCUACCUGCACAACUGUGAAACCAGAAAAGGACAGGUCUUGCUGUGGUCUGCCAGCAAAGUGUUUGAGGAGCUGACGGACAUUGAGAGACAGUUCCACAAGGCCCUCUACACAGUGCGAGCCUUCCUCAACUGUGACCGCUACUCCGUGGGGCUUCUGGACAUGACCAAAACUAAAGAGUUCUUUGACCUUUGGCCAGUCCUGAUGGGUGAAGUGCCUCCAUACGCAGGCCCAAGGACCCCCGACGGCAGAGAAAUUAUCUUCUACAAAGUGAUUGAUUACAUACUGCAUGGAAAAGAAGACAUUAAAGUUAUACCGAGUCCUCCUGCUGAUCACUGGGCUUUGGUCAGUGGACUGCCCACCUACGUGGCUGAAAAUGGCCUGAUCUGUAACAUAAUGAACGCUGCAGAAGACGAAUACUUUGAGUUUCAAAAAGAACCCCUGGACGUCACAGGCUGGACCAUAAAAAACGUUCUCUCCAUGCCCAUCGUCAACAAAAAAGAGGAGAUUGUUGGUGUGGCGACGUUUUAUAACAGGAAAGAUGGGAAGCCUUUCGAUGAAAUGGACGAAACACUCAUGGAGUCUCUUACACAGUUCCUGGGCUGGUCAGUGCUCAACCCAGACACCUACGAAAAGAUGAACAAGCUGGAGAAUCGAAAAGACAUCUUUCAGGACAUGGUCCUCUAUCAUGUCAAGUGCAGGAAGGAUGAGAUCCAGAACAUCUUGAAUACACGUGAGGUGUAUGGAAAGGAGCCAGACGAAUGCGACGAAGAAGAACUAGAAGCGAUUCUGGCCGAGACACUCAUAGACUCAGAGCAGUCAGAAAUCUUUGAGUUUCAUUUCUGUGAUUUUGAGCACUCGGAGAUGGACCUGGUGAAAUGUGGCAUUUCGAUGUACUAUGAGCUGGGAGUGGUGGACAAGUUUCACAUUCCUCGUGAGGCACUGGUGAGGUUCGUAUACUCACUCAGUAAAGGCUACCGAAGGAUCACCUACCACAACUGGAGACAUGGCUUUAAUGUGGGGCAGACCAUGUUCACGUUGCUCAUGACAGGUGACCUGAAGCGCUACUACACCGACCUGGAGGCUAUGGCCAUGCUCACAGCUGGACUCUGCCACGAUAUCGACCACCGUGGGACCAACAACCUCUACCAGAUGAAGUCUGGGAAUCCAUUGGCAAAGCUACAUGGCUCCUCCAUCCUCGAGAGGCACCAUCUGGAGUUUGGCAAAACUCUACUGAGAGAUGACGCUUUGAACAUCUACCAGAAUCUCAAUCGCCGGCAGCAUGAACUCGUGAUCCAUUUGAUGGACAUAGCUAUCAUAGCUACAGACUUGGCCUUGUAUUUCAAGAAAAGGGCCAUGUUUCAGAAGAUUGUGGAUCAAUCAAAAACCUAUGAGAGCUGGGACGACUGGACCAAAUAUAUGAUGCUGGAGACGACCAGGAAAGAGAUUGUCAUGGCGAUGAUGAUGACCGCCUGUGAUUUGUCUGCUAUUGCCAAGCCCUGGGAGAUCCAGAGUAAGGUGGCACUGUCUGUGGCUGCGGAGUUCUGGGAGCAAGGUGACCUGGAGAGGACCGUGCUGGAGCAGCAGCCCAUUCCCAUGAUGGACAGGAACAAGGCAGCUGACCUGCCCAAACUGCAGUGCGGUUUCAUCGAUUUCGUCUGCGCCUUUGUGUACAAGGAGUUCUCUCGCUUCCAUGUGGAGAUCACACCCAUGCUGGAGAGACUGCUGAACAACAGGAAAGAGUGGAACGCUCUGAAAGAAGAGCACGAGGCCAAACUGGCUAUGCUUGAAGAGGCCAAGAAGGCCAAGGAGGAGGCGGCUAGUGCAAAUUCAGUUGCCCAGCCAGCAAGCGGCGGUGCCCCGGCCUCCCAGUCCAAGACCUGCGUGCUCAGCUAGAUCUCCACUGGUCCAGUGCAGAAGCAUUCCAUAUGCAUAUUUAUGGAAAUGUGCUCAUUCAUAUUCAAGUCAGAUUUAAUUUAAUUGCACAUCUAGGCAUUCAAAACUUCUCAUUAGAUUAGAAGUUGUGUAAGAUAUCAAACCAGUGUUUAAUGUGCGUGAAAUGGACUGUUCGGUUUUAGACACUGAUAACACGCUGAUGUAUUGAACAUUAGUUUAUUAAUGUUUAAAAUUUAAAGGAUAUUUAUAUAAAUGAGUAUAAAUACAGUACUGUGUGAAAAUCUCAUUAAGCACAAUUUAUUUAUUUUUUUAGCAGAAAGAUAUUUUACAGAACAUUAAACUCAAGCUGAGGCAGUAUGUGUGUCCAUCUUUUACCUUUUUUUAAGUUUAGACUUCCAUCCACAGAUCCUCAAACAUAUUCAAUAAUGUUGAGGUCUGGAUUUCAGAGAGGUCAGUCCAAAGUCAGUCUAGUUGUUGUCUUCUCACAAAGAGAAAGAUGGGCAGAAAUUAUAGUAUUUUUUGGUCUUUAUUCUUCUUUAUGCAAGUUGAUUAUCAUCUAUUUAACCACAGUAGAAAGAUUUGCUAAAAUUAUUAGCUUGAAAUGGCUAUUUUGAGUGGAAAUUAAAUAAAUAAAGGUUUAUAACUUUGGCACAGCACUGUUCUUUGUAUGUAUAUAUAUAUAUAUAUUUUUUUUCUCUCUAUAUUGUAUACACAGUUUGAAAAUAGAAGAGUGUAGUCAGUAGAAAUUAUGCACUAUUGCUUCAAAUAAAAUCUUGCUACAUUAACUUA